AAACAAAAGAACCGCGUUUAAUUUCAUGUGAUUGGAUGAGAUGAAAUAAAAUGUUAUGAUUAAAUCAUUAUUCACAUCAUCGUCUUGCAAUUGUGUGCUGAAUCGCUACAAUUCAAAACGAUCGGUGAUGAAAUCGAUGGCAUAACAAACUUGAAGAACAACAUCACGUACCACUGCGAAUCAACCAUGAAAGGCGUCUUUUCGGCGCCCGGUGAUUACGUUCAUUUCAAAUCCCAAGUUCCUCUUCACAAAAUCCCUAUUGGAACAAAGCAGUGGCGUUAUUAUGAUUUUGGUCCAAAAGCUGUACCUCCACUUAUAUGUCUUCCUGGAACUGCUGGAACUGCUGAUGUAUACUAUAAACAGAUUAUGUCAUUAUCCAUGAAGGGCUACCGUGUCAUAUCUGUAGAUAUACCUCGUGUAUGGCAUCACGCUGAGUGGAUUCAAGCGUUUGAAAAGUUUUUGGAUGCUAUUGAUGUACACCAUAUACAUCUUUAUGGAACAUCACUGGGUGGUUUCUUGGCACAACUCUUUGCUCAGCAUCGUCCAAGACGAGUUCGGUCAUUGGUUUUAUCAAAUUCAUUUUUGGAGACACAAAGUUUCUCUGCUGCAAUGCCAUGGGCACCAAUUGUUGGUUGGACUCCUUCAUUUUUGUUGAAGCGGUAUGUCUUAACAGGAAUUCGUGAUGGUCCCCAUGAACCAUUUAUUGCGGAUUCAGUUGACUUUGUUGUUUCUCAGGUAGAAACCCUCUCUAGAGAAGACUUGGCUUCCAGAAUGUCGCUGACAACAGAUGAUGCUUCAGUGGGACCCCUUCUUCUUUCAGAUUCAUUUAUCACUAUAAUGGAUACUAAUGACUACUGCGCAAUUCCUCUACAACUUAGAGAACAAUUGAGCGAAAGAUAUCCUGAGGCAAGGCUCGCGUCUUUGAAAACAGGUGGAGAUUUUCCUUUCCUUUCACGACCAGAUGAAGUCAACUUACAUCUUCAGCUGCACCUUAGACGAGUUGGGGUGGAGGCUCGGCCAGAUUUGGUUCACAGUAUUCCUAAAGGUGAUAUUGGAGGAAGUCCUAGCAAAGAGAAUGAUGGUGAUGACUCUGACAAGUCACCUAAGGAUGAUAGGGAUAAGGAUGAUAGGGGAGGAUCGGAAAAUCCAUCUUCCGAAAGUGAGAUCAGUCCUGUCCCAGAAAGCUCAGAAUCCCAUAAUUUAGACAGCCAGCAAGUUGAAAGUUCAGAAAGUUGGGACUUGGGUAAUGAAAUCACCGUGUAUGUCUUUCCUGGUGGAUUCAUGAAAGAAAAGCAUGUUAUGCCUCGAGAAAUUCCUGUACAUUUUGCGUGGGAAUACGUAGUACUAUUUCAUGUUCUUCACUACAUCAGUUCAAUGUACAUUAUUAUCUUAAACUAUUCUUUUGAAUUUAGGCAAGUUGUCUAAGUUGGAAGUCUUUUGGAUAUAUUGUAUUGUGCAUCAUGGAAACCUAGUGUGUGAAAGAAGUUGCUAAGGUCGACCUUAUAGUUGACAGGAUUUCAGAAUUCUUCGGUGAAGUUAAUUUCUUUGAGAUUUGAAA